UUUUGACUAAUAAAGAAACAUACUUUUCCACAUUUUUCGUCUUUUUAUCUUAUUUCUUUACUCGUCAGGGAUUCCCUGUAACGCGGCAAUCCUGACGAAAGAUAUAUCAGAAAAUUUUAUAGGAAUCAGAUAGCAGCAAUCUCUUAGCUGGAUUUUUACCAGCUUCACUUGAAGAUUAGGUCAUUUACCCUUUUAAGGGUUUCUCUCCUACUUCUUGAUCCUCCCCACUCCCAAGACGCAAGACCUAGCACACUUUGACAUUUGGAUUGAGUGUCUCUAUUUCGGGUCUCAUUUGUGUGAAUUCUUUCUGCUGCAAUCUUGUGAGUGUUUUGUUUAGGGAGAAAGAGAAAUCAAAUGCCGCAGGAAGAUUUGGUAGAACUUAAAUUCCGGUUAUAUGACGGCUCAGAUGUUGGCCCGUUUCAGUACUCUCCAACUGCCACAGUCUCAAUGCUCAAGGAGAGAAUUGUCUCUGAAUGGCCUAAAGACAAGAAGAUUGUUCCAAAAUCAGCUAGUGACAUCAAGUUGAUAAAUGCUGGUAAGAUUUUGGAGAAUGGUAAAACGGUUGCACAGUGUAAAGCUCCAUUUGAUGAUCUCCCUAAAUCCGUCAUUACAAUGCAUGUUGUCGUGCAACCGUCUCCAACAAAAGCAAGACCAGAGAAAAAAAUCGAAAAGGAAGAAGCCCCACAGAGAAGCUUUUGUUCAUGUACCAUAAUGUGAGAACAACAAGUAGUCCCGUCUAAAAAUUUGAAAGAGUUAAGUUUUGCUUCUCUGUGGUUUUGUCCUAAAAGACCCUAAAACAUAAACUACCAUUUCCGCGCUUCAUUUUCGAUAUGUUCUUCACAAGUUCAUAGAAAUCUUCAUCAAUGGCGUUAUAAAGCUAGUCUAUUAGAGUUGUUUCUUUUGAGUUGUGAUGAAAAACUUUUCUUUGGAGCAUCCUUUAUAAAGAUAAGAGUUUGUUGCUUCUCUUUUGUUUCCACAAACUAAUUCUAGUAUCUUUGUAAACAUUCUUGUAUGGUUUUGUUAAUCUUUAGUAUAUCUUAGACCUGUUUCUUCUC